GGCGACAAAUACUUGUUCCGUCAGAGCUAGGGCCGCAGAUGCAAAGCGGGGCAUUCGUAAGUGAGGCUGCUACUUCAGUCGUCAUGGCCACUGCUACGCAGAUGCAAAGCGGGGCAUUCGUAAGUGAGGCUGCUACUUCAGUCGUCAUGGCCACUGCUACGCAGCAGACUUCUCAGGCUGGUAGUUCAGGAUCUGUAGGGUCAACGGUCGAGCAGACCUUGAGUCAAUCCAGUGGCUUAAUGGCAAGCCAACCCUUAGUGAUGACUCCCGAGGAGGUUGCCAUACAGCGAGCUGCUAAUUGUGAGGCACAGCUACAACAGGCUUUGGGUGAGAUUCAGGCAGAGAAAGAGAGACUGACUAGAAGAAGAGCCAGGAUGCAGCGAAGGCAAGCGGGCAUUAGUGAGUUAGAGGAAAUGGACCCAACAGAGAUGGAGGAUGAUGUGAGGACCAUACGGAAUCGGUUGGCAGGUGAGGCCAACAUCAAUACGCACAACUUUCCCUCGUUCAGCAAGAAGGCCCUAGACCUUGAGGCAAAGAUAGGGCAUGGACAUAAUCCCAUGACGGAUGGUAGGAAGAAGUCACUGCCUCCCAACUGGAAGGCGAAGGGAUGCAUUAUGUUCGUCGACAACGAUGGUUCUACCAUCGAGUUCGACGACGAGUUCCCGGCGGGAGUAGGUUCAAAGGCUGGCAGCGUAGAGGCUUCAGGGGGUGGAGUAGUCGCUGUCGUAGCACAUAAAGGUAAGGCGACCGGUAGACGUCGUGGAGGUUCCCGGUCAAGGAGUCAAGUUGACCCCAAUGCUCCUCCAUGGGAGAAAGCGGGUCUCACUGAGGAUGAGUGGAGAGAUCGGUACACACGACAGGCUUGUAUCCGUUGUGGCCAAUAUGGCCAUAACCAAUUCAAGUGCCGAAAUAAGAAGGUGACCGAAAAGAUCCCGCCUACGAUGGGGCAGGCGUUGGGAUCCUCCGCUCCCGUUGGCAGCAAUGUGGCUAGCAGUUUUGGCACCACUCCGGGAAACACGUCGGGGCAGUAGGAAUAGUAGUUGUUCCUGCUAGGGUCGAGGUGGUGGACACACCCUCACCAUCUCGAGAGAUGGCCCAGGCUACUGACUCCAUUGUCGUCCCGCAAACACGUUCAGAUCCAUCGAGCCUCUGUUCGAUGAAUGUGUUUGAGUCCUUAGAGGAGCUAGAGGAGGAGUGAUCUAGAUCAGACCCGCUAGCUUCUUGGACGACAUUGGUCAAAGCCCCGAAGGGUGAGAAGUUCGUCAGUGAGGUGGUCAUUGGCGGCCUCAAGGCCGGGGCCUAUUAUGGCACUUGCUCGACACAGAACUUCAUUAGUCGCGCGUGCGUUGAGAGGCUGCGCUUACAGGGGCAAGUGCAGCGCCUGAGUCGACCUGUGCCAACAAACAGCACAUGGUAGU